AGGUUCAGAACAGCGCCCCCUGUAGGGAGAUGAAUGGAACAGUCAAACUUUCUCAAAUCAACGUCAUUGAAUCCUCUCAGAACAACACUGAAGAGCUUCUGAUUCCUGCACUUCCAGAAAAAGCAAAUAUAGAAAGAGGUUAUGUGACACCACAGCAAGUAUACAACCUCCUGAAUGCUGAAGCGGGCCAACCUUCACUGCAUGAUCCCUAUUAUAUACUGAUACUGGACUGCCGCUCUGCAGAGAGAUAUAAGCAGAGUCACCUGGUCACAGCCCGUGCCAGUGUGACGGUGAUGCAUCCAGAACUGGGCUGUUUGAUAAGCUGUGUUCAGCUGCAGGAGUUUUCUAUAAUACUGCUAUACGCUGAAGAAGGCCAAAGUCCAGUUGGCAGUCAGGAGGCACGCGCUGACUCUCCUACUCUCCAGCACUGUUUCUUCCAGCUGAGUGCUUUGGGAAUGGACCCUGUAAUCCUCCAGGGGGGCUAUUCUGCUUUUCACUCUCUCUAUCCCUUUCUGUGCACCCCUCGCAUGGUCCUACUGGAGUCAGAGCGUCGCUCCCUCACCAUCUAUCCCUCUGAAAUCCUGGAGGGGGCGCUAUACCAGGGCUCUGCCUCGCAGGCACAUGACUACCGUAUCAUCAAAAACCUCCACAUCACACAUGUGGUCAAUGCCACAGCUGAAAUCUCAGAUGCCUUCCCGAGUGUUUUACGUUAUCUUCGGCUACGGCUUAGUGAUGACGCACAGCAGGAUCUUCGGCAGGCCCUUCCAGAAGCUUCUCAGUUCAUUGCUGAGGCUUUUGCGGGGGGCACCGGGGGCACCAGGCGGCCGGGUGUUGGUGCACUGCAGCCUUGGACGGAGUCGUAGCUCGGUGCUGACGUUGGGAUUCCUGAUGGAGCAUCGCCGUUGGUCUUUGCUACAUGCUUUUCGUUGGCUGAAGGAAAGACGAGCUUGCGCUGCCCCGAAUGCUGGGUUUCUUCGGCAGCUCUCUGACUACGAGGAACUGCUGUUUGGUCAACGGCUC